UAGUUCUCUGUGCUAUAUAGUAGGUCCUUGUUGGUUAUUUUUUAUAGAGUGGUGUGUAUAUGUUAAUCCCAAACUCCUAAUUUAUCCCUCCCCUGCCCCUUUCCUCUUUGGUAACCAUAAGUUUGUUUUCUUUGUAUGUGGGUCUGUUUCUGUUCUUUCUUUUUUUUUUUUUUUAAUAAAUUUAUUUAUUUUUGGUUGUGUUGGGUGUUCGUUGCUGCCUGCAGGCUUUCUCUAGUUGUGGCGAGCGGGGGCUACUCUUGGUUGCAGUGCAUGGGCUUCUAAUUGUGGUGGCUUCUCUUGUUGCAGAGCACAGGCUCUAGGUGCGCAGGCUUCAGUAGUUGUGGCACGUGGGCUCAGUAGUUGUGGCUCACGGGCUUAGUAGUUGUGGCACACAGGCUCAGUAGUUGUGGUGCACGGGCUUAGUUGCUCCACAGCAUGUGGGAUCUUCCUGGACCAGGGCUCGAACCCAUGUCCCCUGAAUUGGCAGGUGGAUUCUUAACCACUGCACCACCAGGGAAGCCCUGUUUCUGUUCUUUAUAACAAAAGUCUAAACUUACAGAAGAAUGCAAUCAAGUGAUGGCUUUUUCUUUAGAAUCUGAAUAUGGAGGCCACAGGAACAGAUGAAGUUGACAAGCUGAAAACUAAAUUUAUAUCUGCUUGGAACAACAUGAAAUAUAGUUGGGUGUUGAAAACAAAGACAUAUUUUAGUAGAAAUUCCCCUGUAUUAUUGCUUGGAAAGUGUUACCAUUUUAAAUAUGAAGAUGAAAAUGAACUGUUACCUGUAAGCUCAGGAUGUACAAUAGAAGAUCAUGUGAUUGCGGGAAGUGUAGAAGAAUUUCGUAAAGACUUCAUUUCAAGAAUAUGGCUUACCUACAGGGAAGAGUUUCCUCCAAUAGAAGGCUCAGCUUUGACAACGGACUGUGGUUGGGGCUGUACACUAAGAACUGGCCAGAUGCUGUUGGCUCAAGGACUCGUACUACACUUCCUUGGUAGAGCUUGGACCUGGCCUGAUGCUUUGAACAUUGAAAAUUCAGACUCUGAAUCAUGGACUUCCAACACUGUAAAAAAAUUUACUGCAUCAUUCGAAGCAUCGCUUUCAGCGGAAAGAGAACUCAAAACCCCAACAAUUUCUCUGAAGGAAACAAUCGGGAGAUAUUCUGAUGAUCGUGAAAUGCAAAAUGAAAUUUAUCACAGGAAAAUCAUCUCUUGGUUUGGUGAUUCCCCCUUGGCUCUCUUUGGUUUACAUCAACUAAUAGAAUAUGGAAAGAAGUCUGGGAAAAAAGCUGGAGAUUGGUAUGGACCAGCUGUGGUUGCUCACAUUUUAAGAAAAGCAGUUGAAGAAGCAAGACACCCAGAUUUACAAGGAAUAACUAUUUAUGUUGCACAAGACUGUACAGUUUACAGUUCUGAUGUAAUUGAUAAACAGUGCACUUCCAUGGCCUCUGAUAAGACAGAUGACAAAGCUGUUAUUAUUCUAGUUCCUGUUAGACUUGGUGGAGAAAGAACCAAUGCCGACUAUUUAGAUUUUGUAAAGGGUAUUUUAAGCCUUGAAUAUUGUGUGGGUAUUGUUGGUGGCAAACCUAAACAGUCAUAUUACUUUGCUGGAUUUCAAGAUGACAGUUUGAUUUACAUGGAUCCUCAUUACUGCCAAUCUUUUGUAGAUGUCAGCAUAAAGGAUUUCCCUCUUGAGACAUUCCACUGCCCUUCUCCCAAAAAGAUGUCAUUUCGAAAAAUGGAUCCUAGCUGUACAAUAGGAUUUUACUGUCGAAAUGUUCAGGACUUCAAACGAGCUUCUGAAGAAAUCACUAAGAUGCUGAAAAUUUCUUCUAAGGAGAAAUAUCCCUUAUUUACUUUUGUAAAUGGUCAUUCCAGAGACUAUGAUUUUACAUCUACUACAGCCAAUGAAGAAGACCUUUUCUCAGAGGAUGAAAAGAAAAGAUUAAAAAGAUUUAGCACAGAAGAGUUUGUCUUGCUGUAAAGAUUAGCACAUUUGUGCUUGAUGAGAAGAAAUCCUUUGAAGGAAGCAAAAUGAAGAGAAACAAGUAUACUUGAAACUGGUUUAUUUUCACAAAUACCUUAAUUUUAUAUGUUCUUUAAAAAAAGAACAUUUGAAAAUAUACAAGUUUUAAAGAUUUUUUUUGAAAGAGAAAUGAUUCAGUGAAUCUUGAUUUCUAAUAAAUAUCAAGUGAUUCUGGCUGCAUUCCUGUUUCCCUAAGAUCUGCUAAUGAUAACUCUACCUUAACUGCAAGUCUUCCAGUCUUCAAAUUCUUCCACCUGGGUCCAGUAUUCUCCUGAAGGUUUUGUGAUAUUGGGCCCCAAAAUAGGAUCACCAAAUAGUUUCAAAAGCUUCAGAUUAUACUAAUGACCAGAAGAGCAGAGAAUGAAUCUUCAGUGCUGCCUAAGCCUCCUGAUAUUAAUGCAACCAAAGGAUGCUUUUGGAUGUAUCUUGAUAUAUUAAAUAGUAAUUUUUAGCUGUGAUAUGAUAUAAUUACAUAAGCAGAAUUUUGAGUUAAGGUAAUACUUAGCAAUAUGAUUUUACAGUGGCACCUCAUUUUACUUGCGGUUGAGCCUUGUCUGAGCAGUGAAGGUAAAGUAUUGGUUUUCCCUACAGAUUUAAAGGUUAUGUUAUUACUAAUAAUUACAUCCAAUCUAACAGAUAAAGGCAAAAUUGUUUGUUUCCUAUCUCAAAAAUGAAAUUUUAUGGAAACUCUACUUAUUAUGCAGUUUUAAAAUCUAAAGAUAAGUACCAGGAAAGAUAUCAGUAGAUGCUCCUCCAUGUGAUUUUUGCUAUUUGUAUAAAUCAGUGCAGUGGCCAUCUAUAAGGUAAAUCUGCCUUAAGUGUGUUAUGUAUUGCUUAAAGGCAAAUAUGUGAUAUAAAAGUAUGAGUUAUUAUUGAGCCAGGUUUAUAAAAUAAGUACUUUAAUAAAGAUGUAAGAACUUAAAA